AUUUCAGACGGUGGCUGGCUGAAAACGGUGCAAGUAUGCUACGCAGUGCAUCAACGAUGAAAUGCCUAAAGAGCCGGCCUGCCUGCCGGUUGCUCGCUGUGCCAGUCGUAUGCGAACUCCCGCGAGGGUAGGUCGUUUCAGCAUCGCCUCACGCCGCGACGGCGAUAGUCGCCCGACAACUUUAUUGUAUUAUCGCGUCAGUCGUAACUUUUUUCUUAAGAUGUGAUUUUUUUGUGGACUGUUUUAUUCUCGUAUCGCGGUGAUUUAUUUGAAUUAUUUGUAGCCGUUUUGCAACGGGUUUUUUAGAAGAUCCCUUCCAGUCUGAGGGACUGGGUCAUGAUAACAUAUCACGCGCCCUUCUGUCUCCAAGACGUCAGCCACCAUUCCUAAGUCGCGCCAGAAAACGCCACGAUGUACGCGCCCGCGAAAAGAUAAGAAAAGACUCAAAGACAAGCGUCCAGCGAUGUUCUCGCUUGCCGAAGGAUGUGGCUGCGUCAGCUUCCGCGGAGGGCGCCGGCCGCGCUCCCAGGGAGACGACUCCUCGUCAUGCCGGAGCUCCGAGAUAGAGCAGGAAGUCCCCAAGAAGCUGGGGAAGAGAGUCCUCAAUGGCGAGUGCACUAUUAAGGCUCUCGCCCCCUUCCUUCGGUUUUGGAGAAGAGAUGACGUCAGCAUGACCAAAGCAGAGAGAACGAUGAAGGCAGCCAUCUUGAUACAGCAGUGGUACCGGAGAUACUUGGCCCGGAUGGAGGUGCGCCGGCGCUACACCUGGACCAUAUUCCAGAACAUCGAGUAUGCUGGGGAACAGGACCAAGUUAAGCUAUACAACUUCUUCAACGCUCUGCUAAGUCACAUGAAGGACACCAGUGGGCGGCCCUCUUCCGAACGAACUUCGAGGACUGCUUCCGUCUUGGAACAAGUAUUUUCUGAGGAGUCAGACGAGGGUGGGGGCGUCGACGAAACAGCUCCCCCAAAGCCUUCGCGAGGCCCCGAUAUAGAAUUCCCGCUGCAAAGGAAGGAUAUCGACUUGCUGAUUGAGGCAUUUAGGAAGAAGAAGCAUCGGCUUCAUCCGAAACACGUUGGACAGAUAUUAAAAGAGGCCACUCAAGUGCUGAAGAGGAUGCCCAAUAUCAAUGUGGCGACCACUUCGAUCUCAAGCCAGAUAACUGUGUGCGGCGACCUGCACGGGAAACUCGACGACUUGCUGGUCAUAUUCCACAAGAAUGGGCUGCCGUCUCCUGAGAACCCAUACAUAUUCAACGGGGACUUCGUGGACCGAGGCAAGAAGGGUCUGGAGGUGUUCCUCUUACUGCUGUCUUGUAUGUUGGCCUUCCCUGGUGGAGUGUUCUUAAACCGCGGCAACCAUGAAGAUCUCAUUAUGAAUUCUCGGUACGGCUUCAUAAAAGAGGUUCAGCAGAAGUAUCGGCACAACUCGGAGAGGAUCCUAAAGCUGAUCGAGGGUGUGUACCGCUGGCUGCCUCUCGGCACUAUCAUCAACAACCGAGUGUUCGUGGUGCACGGCGGCAUAUCGGACACCACCGAUCUCGAUAUGAUCCGGAGCCUCGAACGAGAUAAGUACGUGUCUUUGCUCCGGCCACCGGUGACCGAGGGCUCGGCGACUACUGCUGAAGUUAUAGACAAAGUGGAGUGGAAGCAGGUAUUUGACAUCCUGUGGUCUGACCCUCAAUGCACGGGUGGUUGCGUGGCCAACGCUCUGCGGGGCGCGGGAACAUACUUCGGUCCAGACGUGACGGCCAACUUCUUGCAGAAGAACAAGCUGAGCUUUCUCAUCAGAAGCCAUGAGUGCAAGCCAGGCGGGUACGAGCUGCUGCACAAUGGGAAUGUGAUAACAAUCUUCUCGGCGUCGAACUACUACGAGCUGGGGUCCAAUAAGGGAGCGUACCUGAAGCUGUGCGGGAACUCUCUGGAGCGUCAGUUCGUGCAGUACACCGCGGCCGUGUCGCGCACCCGGCGCCUCACCUUUAGACAGCGAGUCGGCCUCGUCGAGUCCUCCGCCAUGAGGGAGCUCCACAACCAGAUUAUGGUAGUCCGAAGAUCUUUGGAAGCAACGUUCCGCAGCAUGGACUUGGAUCAAAGCGGUUACAUAUCGAUCAGUGAUUGGUGCCAAGCGAUGGAAGAAACCACGCAUUUGGGGCUUCCCUGGAGAAUGCUCAAGGAUAAACUGGUGCGGACCGACCCCGACACGCGGCGCGUGCGGUACAUGGAUACCUUCGACUUAUCCACCAGCAAAAUUGGCCGCAAAACGGAUUCGUCAAACGUCGUGGAAACACUUUAUAAAAACAAGAGCAGUUUGGAGGCUAUAUUCAAAAUAUUGGACAAGGAUAAUUCUGGUUUUAUUACACUUGAGGAAUUCUCUGAAGCAUGUCAGCUAAUUGGUAAGUACAUGCCGAAUCCUAUGACGCAAGAGCAACUGGUCGAUAUUUGUCGUUUGAUGGAUAUAAACAAGGACGGGCUCGUGGACCUCAACGAGUUUCUGGAGAGCUUCCGGCUCGCGGAGAGGAGUCUGCAGUACGAGGAGAACGAGCUGGCCGAGAUACAAGGCACCUGACAGGAACUAGACCGCCGCCCGAGCAGGACGGCGGUCGAUAAAGAUGAGACCGGUGUUCAAAUAGAAAUCCUUAAACUUGAAGAUGACGAUAAAAACAAGGCCGUUAAGAGUAAUAAAAACGGUCGGGCUCACUUAAUGGGAGAGCGCGUCCCCUUGACGCAGGAUAUGGAGGACAUCGAGUUAAUUGAUUGCGAGGAAGUGCCGCGGCGGCCGGGCCUGCUCGAGAGCGAUAUGUAAAACUUAGUCUACACGCCAGCGCCGGGCCCGUACCUGGCACUUUAGAAACCUAUACGUCAUUUACUUCACAUCGCUACUACUUUACUAGCUGUGCUGUUUUCAUUACGUGUGAAUAGAUUCAUUUACAUUUAUGUCUAAUGUUUGAUGUCUUUUUGAAUAUAUUUGGAAACUAUGACUUAACUCUUUUGUAGGUAACUUAAUGUAGAAUAAUUUACAACUUUAAUUAAAGGUAAAUGCAUAUUGGUUCUGUUUGCCAUUAGGGAUCCUUAAUUAUAAAAUUCUAAUGUAUUAAUUUAUUAAAAUAGAGUUAAUAAAAUCAGUCACAAUAACAUCCUCGCUCCACUAAUAACUCCUUUUUGAAAUCUCAUUACACAUGAUUCCUUAUCUCUCGAACUUCCUUACAUGGUGUUAAUAAUUUAUUGCAUUUAAUUAGCAAGUUAAAAGUAAGGUUUAACGUAAAGUUUGUUUCUUCAACUUUAAACUCAUCUCCCAUAAUUCGUCUUUCUACGAAUUUUGUAUUUUAUACGAAUCACUCCAUGGCCCUCUCGGGACCAGUGCGUCUUUACCUUAAACAUAAUGAUAUUUACGAAAAAGCUCGUAUGGACCUAAGAAUCUUUAGAAUUUUCUUAUAAAUGCUAACCAAAUUAUAAAUAAAAAUUUGUCAAAUUUCGAAUUAUAUUAAAUGUAUGAAUUGGUGCCAAUUUUAAAGUUUGUGAAACGAAUAUUUGUAUUUACAUAAACUGCUACUUGGCAGCUGCACGCUCUUAAUAUUUACAAGUGCAUGAUGCUGUAAAGGGGAACAAUGAUGCCGAUAACUCUACAACUUGUAACGUUGUACUCUAUAACCACAAUAUAUUGGACAUACUUAAUCAUUGUACUAUCGUAGCGUAUAACGUGCUGUUCUUAUAAAGCCUGCAAAUUUUCGAUUGGAAUACAUUUGAUCUUAUUAAAAGUUCCUUAUUAUAAUAAAAAAAAUCUUCUUAAUAGAAGGCUAUGAUUAGAUAUAGUUGUCUAUAUUUUGAUAAUAAAUUUCAAUUAAUAAAGUAAUCUGUCUUAGCGUGUUCUAGUCAUUAGUAGAGCGAUUUCGUAUACAUAUCUUUAUACUCAAUUAUUAAGCAUUCCAGUCUAUAUUUACCAGAAACGACGCAUUAAUUACGGAAUAUAAUGUGCUUUACCUAACGUAGAUGGAGUGUCUGGAUGACGGCAUUAGGCUAAUGAGUCGCGAUUUUUAAAUCCGCAGUACGAAGGUCUCAUAAUUAUCUACUAAUUGAAUCUUAACUUGAAUAAUCACUAGAUAUUACAUAUUUUAUUACAUAAUUGUGAAAAAUAAAUGAUUAAUUAUAAAAUUGUGUACUGAUCUGUUAGUUUUUAUUUACAACGAAUUGUGUCUCACAGCGAAUCUAUUUCCAUAGCUAUAUCAACACGCAGAUAUUUUAAUUUAUGUUAUGACAAUUAGAUACAAGUUUUAUUAAAUUAAUAUCGGCAAACAAUAUAAUAUUAGAAUAAAUAUCAGAUUUACGAUUUCUAUCUUAAUUUAUGUCUUCUAAAAAUAUUUACGAAAAUUAUUAUAGAUUAUAAUAUUCUGUAUUUUUAAUAAUUAUUGUCCAUUAAAUUGUGAUAUUGCAA